ACCACAGCUGCCCCCACAACUACAACAGAGGCUCCUACAACUACAUCAACUGCACCUACAACUACAACAGCUUCUCCCACUACAACCACAGCUGCCCCUACAACUACCACAGCUUCUCCCACUACAACCACAGCUGCUCCCACUACAACCUCAGCUGCCCCCACAACUACAACAGAGGCUCCUACAACAACCACAGCUGCAUCUACAACUACAACAGCUUCUCCCACUACAACCACGGCUGCCCCUACAACUACCACAGCUGCUCCCACUACAACCACAGCCGCCCCUACAACCACAACAGCUUCUCCCACUACAACCACAGCUGCUCCCACUACAACCACAGCUGCCCCCACAACUACAACAGAGGCUCCUACAACAACCACAGCUGCACCUGCAACUACAACAGCUUCUCCCACUACAACCCCAGCUGCCCCUACAACUACCACAGCUGCUCCAACAACAACCAUAGCUGCUCCCACUACAAUCACAGGUGCUCUCACUACAACCACAGGUUUUCCCACUACUACCAUUGCUGCUCCCACUUCAACCACAUAUUCUCUCACUACAACCACAGCUGCUCCCACUACAACCACAGCUGCCCCAACAACUACCACAGAGGCUCCAACAACAACCACAGCUGCACCUACAACUACAACUGCUCCCACUACAACCACAGCUGCCGCUACAACCACCACGGAGACUCCAACAGCUCCAACAUCUUCUCCCACUACAAACACAGCUGCUCCCACUACAACCACAGCUGUUCCCACUACAACCACAGCUUCUCCCACUACAACAACCACAGCUGCACCCACUUCAACGACAGAUGCUCCUACUACAACCACAGCAGCUCCCACUACAACCACAGCUGCCCCUACAAGUACAACAGCUAGUCCGAUUACAACUGCAGCCCCCCAUACAACUACCACAGCUGCUCCCACUACAAUCACAGCUGCCCCUACAACUACCACAGCUGCUCACACUACAAGCACAGCUGCCCCUACAACCACCACAGCUUCUCCCACUACAACAACAGAUGCUCCCACUACAACCACAGCUGCUCCGACUACAACCACAGCUGCGCCAACCACCACCCCAGCUGCCCCUACAACCACAACAGCUGCUCCCACUACAACCACAGCUGCCCCCACAACUACAACAGAGGCUCCUACAACUACAUCAACUGCACCUACAACUACAACAGCUUCUCCCACUACAACCACAGCUGCUCCCACUACAACCUCAGCUGCCCCCACAACUACAACAGAGGCUCCUACAACAACCACAGCUGCAUCUACAACUACAACAGCUUCUCCCACUAUAACCACGGCUGCCCCUACAACUACCACAGCUGCUCCCACUACAACCAUAGCCGCCCCUACA